AGAGUAAAAAUACUUAUAAAUUAUUAGUUGUGUGAAUUUUCUAGAAAAAUGAAAUUGCAGCACUAUCGAUUUGUAUCCACAUGGUUGUGAGUUUUUAGCAACUAAAGGGGCAAAAAAGAUGGAAGCUUUAUAUAGUACAAUGGCUCUCUCAUGGUAGAAAAUUCCAAAUGCUUUAGUGGAGUACCUUUAUAAGUAUAUUUUUGUUGUUUCUUCUUGGAAAAGAGGGAACUUGGUGUGGCCUAACUGGUAAAAAAAACAAGGUGCCUUAAUGGGCAGAUUCACAUGUAUCUGUGUUGGUAGGAAGAAAUUUGGUGUGGCAUAGCUGGUAAAACCAAAGACACUACUUUUAUAGAGGGAAAAGGAAGGGGGGGGGGGGUAGGGAAGGGAAAACUCGAAAGGUUCGAUAUAGUGGGUGCGAGGUUGAGGUAGGCCGAAAAAGUAUUGGGAAGAGGUUAUUAGACAAGACAUGGCACGACUCUAGCUUACUGGGGACAUGACCUUAGAUAGGAGAGUGUCGAGGUCGCAGAUUAGGGUAGAAGGUUAAUAGGUGGUGGAGUGUUCUAUUGCUUCCUGAAAGGGUUUAGGCUUGGUGGUGUCUGUCGUAGUAAUAGCUUGAUUCUUGUACUGUCUUGCUUUUGCUUUCUACCACCAUCUAUUUUCAUGAUGGUUCCAUUAUUUUGUUGUUACUGUUUUAGUAGAAGUUGCUAUAUUUUCUACUGUCAUUUUUCCUUUUCAUACUUAAUCUGAUUGUUGUAUUCGAGUCAAGGGUCUUCCAGAAACACCUUUUCUGCCUCCACAAAGUAGUGGUAAGUUUUAUGUAUACUCUGCCCUACCCUGACUUGACUUGUGGGAUUUCAUUGGGUAUGUUGUUGUUGUUUAGACCGAUAGCACUUGAUAAGGAAUCUUUUUGAAAAGCAUAUAAUGUAGCAGGUUGUUUAAUGUGAGAGCAUAUAUUGAGUAGAUGAUUGAAUUCUAUCAUGGUGAAACAGCUUUCAGCAUAUGUGUUUCUUGUUUCCUUGUUUACGCCUAGAAGCUAAUAAUCCUAAUAGUUUUAGGAACUCAAAUUACGUGUUCACGUCUGCAGGCUUUUCUCUGAGACGUUUACAAUCUUUUUCUUCUUAACGUGCUCCAUCUAAGAAAAGUAAUAGAGAUGGCAAAAGAUAAAGUUGCAAGCUUAGGUACUGAAGUUUCUCAGUCAAAGGGAAAAAUGACCAAGAAAAUCCAAGAGUUGAACAAAGAGCUGAUUUCUGACAAGAUAUUUGUUCCUAUUCCUGGAUCAUCAUCUAAUUUUAUAUUAGGUCCAUGUUUUAAGACAAUGUUUCCUCAGGAGCUCUCGUCUCUUUACCCCUUAGCUGUUGGAGAGAAGCUACUUCUACACUCCGUGCAACUUGAUUGGUUCGAAGGUAAGUAUCUGGAUUCAUGGCCUUAUAUUAGUAGAUCAUGGAAUGAUUGGGUAGAUAGAGUUGAGAAGGCCAAAGGGGAUGUCUGGAAAUCAGCUGAUAUCUAUGAUGCCAUUCAGUUGUCAAAAAAUGUUAUCCCGAUGGACAAAAAUCUUUUGUAUGCUGCUUUAUGCUAUUGGUCAAUCUCCACAAACUCAUUCCACUUCAGAUUUGGUAUGAUGGGGCCAACAGUACUAGAUAUUGUUGCUUUGACAGGACUUAGACCACAUGGGGAGGAAGUCAGUGCCAUUCUUGGGAUGGCUGGAUCGACUUGUCAUUUUCCCAAGUAUGGAACAAUUUAUGAUAAUUAUUUGCGUUACAGCAAGUAUCUUCAUGUUUCAAUGUCAGAAACAGCUGUGACAAAGGAAGAACAUAUAUCUUUUCUGUUUACAUGGCUCAGUAAGCAUCUGUUUUGCGACUCUUCAGUAAACAUGAUUAAGCAAUGCACAAAGCUGGCAUUCGCUCUUGCUGGGGGUAGAAAGCUUGCUUUGGCACCUUUUCUCUUGUCUAAUUUAUAUCAUGGAUGCACUGAAAUCAUUAUGAGCAAGUUUCUUUAUGGAAGAGGUCCAUUCUGGAUCUUGCAGUUCUGGCUACAGUCUUACUUCCCAGAAUUCCAACCUGCUACUUUGGAUACCUGUAAUAUCCCCACCUAUACUAGUUUCGAGGAAUACUUUCGCUUUUUUCAUAAAUGUGCAUCUAGAACUAUCAGCCAAUUCACCCCGUUUUCUUCUAGGAAGUUUGGACCUGUAUGGUUUAAGAAAUCACUUGAUCCUGACUUCCAAAGACUUAAUAAGCCAGAGCUACAAGAUAUUUGGGCCAGUUAUCUCAUUGCUCGAGACCUCCCGUACAGUAUCCUUCUGGAUGAAUCUUUGAAGUGCAAAUAUGAGGUAGAACAUUACUCUCCAAAUCAGUUUGCCCGACAGUUCGGUAUGACUCAGGCUGUCCCCUUCCAUCAAUCAGCCAAUAAACUUCCGGUUAGAAGAAAAGAUUUCCAGUCUGCAGAAUACACUGAAGAAACUGAAUCAAGGUUUUGCCAAUUGAAAAGGAAUUUUUCAUUUGUUCCAUUUGAUACCAAUCCUAGCUCUACUGAGUUCUUUGAUUCCUGGUGGUCCACUUACAUCCGUACUCGGGACAAGACUGCUAUUGAAAUUUUCAGGAAGAUCUCACCGCAUGCCAUGCCCCUCAAUUCUGAAUCUGCAGAGAAAAUUGACCAGAAAAUGAAGAGGAAAUAUGAAGGGGAUAAUAUUCCAUCGCAAUCUUUGACACAGCAAGACAAGCCCAUACAACAAAAGAACUUGAAUGAGGCAGCUGAAAAGAUAGCUACAAUAUCAUUAUGCAAGAAGACGAAGACUUACUCGAGGAAAUCUUCACCAGGCACAACUUCUGAUGUACCUUCUACAUCAGCCUUCCCUACAAGUUGUACUCCUGCUAAUGAAGACAGGACUAAGGCAGACAUCCAAGUUUCUGCUGUUACACCAAUCUCCACUCCUGACAAUGAUGUUGAGGAAGGCACAGUUUCCCCAUCCUUAGAUAGUACCAGAAGCAAGACACCUGAUAUUAGUCAACCACCCGACUGUCCUUUGAAAUUUGAUAAUCUAGAAGACUUCUUUGCUCGAGUUAGUGGAAAAAUUCAAUGUGCUGAAUCUCUUGGUUUUUCUGCUGAUCAAUCUUCUCUCAUAGAUGACAAGAAAUCCACCACACAGAAGUCUACACCGUCAGCAGAAAUGCUUGCCACAGCUAAAGGUGAUAUUAAGAGAUUACUACUCAUACCUUCUCAAGUCAUGCUUCUACCCGGAAACUGUUCAGCAUUAAGCGCAGCACUAUCAUUACAUGCUGAAGCACCAGAUAUAUCAGCUGAGGGAGCUCUUGCCGUGGAGAAACUCAAAGAGAACCUUCCACACUUUUCCUUGACCUUGCGUAGAGCUAAAAAGGAUCAAGAGGAGUAUUAUAAGAAAGUUGCCCAGAAAGUGCUCCUCAUCGUCGAGCUCACAAAAGAUCAAGAACUCUAUACUAACCUCAAAGAUGGAAACAACAAACUUGAUAACAAAAUCAGCAAGCUGGAGGCAAGCUUGAAGGCUGCAAAGACAAAAAAAGAAGCAAUGAAGAAGCAACAAUUGAGUUUGGCCAAGAAGUGUUCUGGAAAGUGUAAUGCUCUUGAUGAAAUGGAAGCUGAGUUACCUGUCCUAAAGGAGAUGAAGGAGCUAGCUGAUUGGGAUAUCGCUCGAUUGGAAGAAAGCUUGAGUGACUUCAAGAGUAAGAUAAUCGAGUGAUCGCUUGUCUAAACCAUUCUUCAUGUGCCAGUAAGAGCAUGUAAAUAUAUUUUGCUAUGUACUAACUUUCUCACUUUUGAAUGGCAAAUACCUUAGUAUAGUGAAACCAGUAGUGUACUUCUAGUUAUGUUUUUUGGUGGCACAGGUUGAUGGAACAAUGAACAUGAAUGCUUCAAAAUAGCACUAAUUUUGAUGUGAUGACAUGGUACAAACUACAAAAUGUACAUUGCUA